AUGGUGAGUCUGAAGUACGCGAUCUCAGCGAUGGUUAACACACAGCAUAUGAGGGCUAUGGUGUCGGACGCCACUUACCUGAUGGGUAAUCCGGUGUUAUGCGCAAUACUGGAGAAGUUUUGUUUAAGACAUUUCAUACUUGUGUCCGGUUUUGAUGAUUACAUGAACGGUGUGUUUACGUGGAGACGACGGCUGUUAGUACUCGCGGGUCGACUCAUACUCUUUAUGGUGAGUCUGAAGUACGCGAUCUCAGCUCUGGUUAACACACAGCACAUGAGGGCUAUGGUGUCGGACGCCUCAUACCGGUUGGGUAAUCCAGUAAUAAUUGCCAUG